GUACGCAGAUGGAUCUGGGAAAGACUUGGAAGUCUGGCAUUUUCGAGGUGCGCUCGCUGGCGAGAUCAGGACGAGGGCAGCGUGAUGGAUGCCUCACGGCCAUCAAUCUUCAGUACUUCCAGAAAGGCGAGGUCAGGUGUGAGCACGCAUUGUUGGAGGGCAAGCUGCAGGGAGUACGGCUUCGUAGUAUGAGCAAGAAAAGGUUCGAGCGGGACAUCUACGUGCUGAACGGCUACGCCCCCACCAACGAGGCUGGACAUGUGCCGAAAAGACUUGAAGCUAUGGAGUACCGAGAGAGGCACCUCGAGGCGAGAGACCUGUUCUGGCAGGUGUGUCGCCGAGCGGUAGGCCAAGUACCAGUCAGGGCGUCGCUCAUCGUCACGUUGGACGCUAACGCGCACGUCCCACCUCUACUGCCUUGGGCGGGGUUUGCUGGUGUGCGUAGGACUGGGCCAACGAUCAACGCCAACGGCCACGCGCUGAUGGACCUAAUGGAGGACUGGGGGCUCAUGGCGCUGAACACGUUCGGCAAGCGAGGAAGAUUCAAUGGCGCGUGGAGGAGCCCGCAAGGUACGUGGACCACAAUUGACUAUGUGCUGGUGAGACGGCGAGGAGGAUACGGGCACUCGUCGUACCCGAGGGCCGAUCUCCAAGUGAAUCUGUGCGGCUAUAGGGGCCACAGGCCACUGGGGUCGCGCAUUUUUGCAGGUGUGAAGACACAGGCGGUGGAAGAAGCAGGCAAGUUUCGAUGGCGUAGGGAACUCAUGUGCGCAGACUUAUUGAAGGUGCGUCUGGAGGAGGGGGAUGCGGACAACCAAGAGGGGCUCCCCGACCGCUUGCUCAACUUCAUACUAACGGUCAGGGAGGGGCUCGAGGCCAAGGGGCUCCAGGAGGACUGGGCUGACAUUUGCGGGGCAGACAGGCGGUGCGAGCCCCCAUCAGAGUACUUCAAUGAGCUCGAGGGGGUUGUGAUCGAGGCGGCGAUGCAGGACUAUAUCUCACCGCCAGCGGCGGGGAAGUUCGACGGGGCGGCGAAGCUGGCGACGGCGGCUACCAGGAGUGAGAAAAGGCAGAAGGCGGCGGCAAUGGCGGAAGAGGCUGAGCGAGCGGCAGGUCAGAGAAACUUGAGACGACUCCACAACGUUGUGAAUGAGUUAGCACCUGAGCCAUCAGCCCCCAUCGUGACAGUGAAAGAUCCAGAGACAGGGCUGCCGCGCUUCGACGCAGAGGAGUGCCAGCGCGUGCGCACCCAGAGCAUCUGUGAAGUGUGUGACGGCCAGGCGAUGGAAUUGGAGGAUCGACCGCGCCAGGCGGGCAGGAAUGUGCGCGAUGACGACAGGAUUGGCGACUACGACCUGGCGGAGGUAAAAGAGAACAUCAUGGAGUUGCCCAACUUGAAGGGGGGGCCCGCGCUGCGGUGGCCAAAGGUGGGGCCGCCUGGCGGAGCUGUUGCCGAAUCGUGGAAGCUGGCUAUCGACGUGCUCGCGCCGCCCACCUUGCAGGUCUUUAGCGCGGCUCAGUCGUUGGGCGACGCUCCGCAGGGGUUCAAGGACGGCGAAGCCAUGCAGCUGCGCAAACCAAAGGGUGACCGUUGCUCGGCGUCGGAGGACUAUAGGGCCAUCAAUUUGAUCAGUCACGUGGGGAAGGCGUACGCGAAAGUCACUUCAUAUGCUGCGAUGAGGGAGGUGGCGCAUGAUAUUUCACCGACGCAGUUUGGACGAGAUGUCUCGCAGCUGAAGUUCUUGGACGACUUGCUCACGUCCGCGGAGAUCGAGGAGUACGACGAUGCAUCCAUUGUCCUGGAGGUGUUGCAAGGUGAGAUCAAAGCAGGAGGGGUGCGAGUCAACGCCAGGAAGACCGAGAUGCUGCUCGCGCCGACGGGAGCCGGGAGUAUGAAAAGGUUGAAGGACAUUCGCGCGCGGAACACAGGCAUUGCGACGUGGGAGGGAGACGACUACUUCCCACUACACCCACAACCAACUGUCAAGUAUUCGGGUGUUGAGCUGGCGGCGACGGGUACACACCACGUGGAGGUCACCAGCCGCAUCAGGGCCGCAAACUCUACUCACGCGCGCCUGCUUCGCCGCGCAUUCAAGAGUGGGUUCAGCUCUAAGUUGAAGAUCAGAUUAUGGAAGGCGCUAGUGCGCUCGGUGUGUUUGUACUGCUUGGAGAUCGCCAGCCUCACCAAGAGGGAGCUAAACAGGCUGGAGAGCUGGCAGGUGAAAAAACUUCGAGGGCUAUUGAAUUCACCAGCUCACCUGUACAAGAAGACCAACCGCGAGAUCAGGAAGCAGGCCCGCACGCCGACGGUCAAGAGCACGUUGCUACUGAGGAGACUGAGGUGGUGGAGAAAGGUGUUUGGGCCGGCCUUCAGGGAGCCCAGCGAUGACAUGCACGACCCGACACUGGCGGUCAGAGCGGUCAUCUUUGGGCGCUUCUCGUCCGAACAGAUCGGCCAGGGGGAGCAGUCGGGCCUGCUGUCGCUGCUGCUUGAGGACAUGAGGCAGAUGUGGCAGGCUGCGGAUGCCCAGGAGCGACUCGCGGUCUGUCGACUUGUGCAGCUGCACGGCGACGCGCCUGGGCUGGCCGAGCCUUGGCUGCGCUGGCUCGCCUCCCUUGAGCCGCGCAGCUUCCGCCGUGUGCUGACUUACGGCGGUGAGAUGGACACUGUUACUGACGCG